GAUCCCUGCAAACAACCAUCGUAGGAUUUUCGAUCAACUGUGUUACAAUUAGCAAUUUCGCUGCUGCUUUUCUAACUGCUGAUAGACAUGGCUGAGGGGAGCUUUGCAUUUUGGGAUGGUGACCCAACGAAGAAAGCGAGGCCGUGCGUUUUGAUCAUACACUACGAGUUUGCCCAAUCAGACGAAGACCGAAGUGAUGACGACAAGAUAGACGUCCAAAACAUAUAUUCCACGCUAGAAUCAGUCAGUCAUCACAUUCAUGAGAUUUCUGCCUCGAAGGAAAAUUUGCUCGAUUUCAUCGGUGAUGAAGAACAAAUCAAGAAAACGUUCAAGCUUCAAGGUGAAGAAGCACCCGACCUGUUCAUUGUUUUUAUUAUGACGCAUGGAGAGGAUACUGGAUAUUUGCUGGCGUGCACAGAAAAAGGAGCAGAGUUUUUCACCGUGUCUGAAGUAUGCGAACAAUUAAAGACGAACCCCAUUCUUGGAAACGCUCUCAAGCUUCUCUUUGUUUCGGCAUGCCGCGGGGAAAUCAUGGAAGACGUCAUCAAUAGCAGGGUGAGAAAAGUAUCAAAUUCGCUUCCACAGCGGGGAAUGUGGAGCAGUGAGCUCGACGCGAGUAAUCCGAAAAAUCAUAACGCAGUGCGGGUAACAACUGCGCCAGACAGCGACAAUUUCGUCAUCAUGUAUUCCUGCGUCGAAGGCACAUAUUCGUUGCGUGAUGAAGGAACGUUGCUAGUUGGUUCCUUCUGUGAAUGCUUUAAGAAGUUGGAGAGAGAUGUGGGGCUCGAUGAGUUUUUGACUCGAAUCAAGUGGUACCAACAUGAAGGCAAAACUUUGAAAAAGGGAUACGGAUCAACACCAGAAGUGAAGAUUCUGAAACACAGAAAUUUGACUUUGUCCCAGCAGUGCAAUGAGAACCAAGGCGAUUUUAGCUACAGGUGGAUUUCCAACGCAAAUGUUCCUCUUCUGACGCGCAAGGCACAUUUCUACAUCUCGACCCCAAGCGGGGAAGAAAAAUUGCCAAAUGCCUUGCAUAAAUAUUUUGAGUUUAAAAUUAAACACCACGAGAAUUUUGAGCAGCUGAAAAGUGCUGUUGUCGAUGAUUCCAACAUAGUGAAUGGCUGCGUCCUGAUUUGUGUCGUGGCUGAACAGUCCAGGGACAGAGUGAAUGGGGAAAUUUACGUGGAAAUAGACGGGAAAAAGAUGCCAGCAAAGAAAAUCCUAAACACUUUAAUUCAUCCAGCCACAAAAAACUGGAUUGGCAAGCCUAAGAUUUGCAUUUUCCUCAACACUCCUCCAGCCAUCAGCAUUGCGAUUGACGGUGCACCGGCCACGGGGCAAAAAUACGAGAUUUGUGGGACCAUCCAUUCUGGAUUUCUGACUAUUUUUCUUCCUCAAAAAGACGCUGUGGAUUUGUUUCUUGAAACGCUCAAGGAUUUCACUAAACAAGAGAGCGAAGAGCAAAGUGCCACGUUCCAGCAGUUUUUCUUUAAACUGCUGCAAAAAGCCACACCCGCUAACGGCAUUCCGCCAAUGAUUAUCAGCACUCUUCACACAAUUCUGGAAAUGGAAUUUCCGUCUCUGAUUGCCACUGAGAGCUUCAAAAUGACAAUGCCAGGACAGUGCUGGGACGUCCCUUUGAAAAUCCUUUACCAGAUUAUCUGCUCGGGCUUCCAGCGAAUCCAGCGUGCAGUUCAGAUUUCAAAUGAAACAGCUACAGACCUAAGUCUUGACGGAAAAUCAUCUGUGAGCACCGGAGCCAAGCCAAUAAGCCAUGUUAAAAAGCCAGAAGAGGAUACAAGUAAAGAGGAAACGGAGCAGGCGGACCACAUCGUGUACUUGGUUUCCGCCGAUGCAGGCUCGGGAAAGUCCAAUCUGGUCGAACGCCUGGCAAGCCAGGCCAAAAGAUAUCGAAGCGUCACUCACAUCGACCUGAUGAUAAACACCAAGUUUCUGAAGAAUUUCGAUUGGAAAAAAGGCUAUAAAGCGUUUGUUCAAGAGUAUAGAGAGCAUAUUGGGAAGCCACGGCCGUUCAAAUCAGACGAGGUCGUCAUUUUGGACGCAAUCGACGCCUUGCACGGAGACUCACUCGAGAAUGUGCUUAAGAUGGUGCGACACCUGGCAGAGGACAAAGUCGAUCUUUGGAUUUUCACCAGACCUGAGAGAGUGGACACCAUAAAGACGAGGCUAGCCGGUGUUUGCAUCGUUAGCGUGCUCGAAAUGAAUGACCUCACCAAGGAGAAAAAGAUCAAAAUUCUGCAGAGCAGAGGGUUCAAAGAAGGCCCGAUCGAAUAUAUGUUAAACAAAAUUGAAGAGGCGCACGCCGACGACCUGACCAGCAAUAUCGGAAUCCUAGAUAAGCUGGCCACCUUCCCGACUUUAUUUUCAGAAACGAAACAAGUCAACGUUUAUGAAUUGAGCGCCCACGUCGUCGAGUUGGCGAUUAAAUCGUACUUGGAAAAGCGCAAAAAAGAUUCGGCCAUGUGGGCGAGUCAUGAGCUGCGUGACAAAAUCAAGAAAAAUCUGACUGAUCUCGCCACCGCGUAUUUUACCGGAAAUCCUACGGAGCCGGCAGUCAAUGGCAAUGCAUUUCUUCAGCAUUUCGUGGCAUACCCGGUGGUUCAUGUCAGCGGGACUCUUGCCGCCUACCUCUAUAUCAGCAAAGGAGAAAUCAAGAGUGCAGAUCAAAUUGAACAACUGGCCAUUGGGUCAGAGAAGAAAAUAAUUCUAAAGCGCAUGUUUGAAGAUGAAAAUAAGAAUGCGCUUUACCAAGAAAUGGAAUAAUGCUUCAGCGAGAUUGCUAUUUGUUGAUUAAUUUAAAGAAAUACUUACGAUUAUUACUAAACAGUUUGCAUUUCCAUAAGUGUCUUUUUUCAUCAUCAUUUUGUUAAUUUGUGAAAAAUAAUAAAACGUACGUUUGAAUUUGUAGUGAAAUUUUUACAA